AUGAGUAUAUCUUCCGUCUCUUCUGCAACCAAUCAUAGUGCAGACGAGCACGUAUUUUCGAGUAAUUUCGAAGAUUAUGAGAUUCGUAAUCCUAUUGGAUAUGGCUCGUCAGCUAUUGUGUAUAAUGCAGUAUAUAAACCUUUGCAUAAAGAAGUUGCAGUGAAGAUAAUUGAUAUGGAUUAUUUUGAAAGAGAUCAAAUUGAUGAAUUAAGGCGGGAAACGCAAACGAUGUCUUUAUCGAAACAUGUCAAUAUACUACGUGUUUAUGGCUCAUUUGUGAAAGAAUCCAAAUUGUAUAUAGUCACGCCUUACAUGGCAGCCGGUUCAUGUUUGGAUAUCAUGAAAACCGCGCAUCCUGAAGGUCUUGAUGAGGUGGUAAUAGCCACGAUAUUGAAACAAGCAUUACAAGGAUUAGAUUAUUUACAUAAACAUGGACAUAUUCACCGAGAUGUCAAAGCAGGUAAUCUUCUUAUGGAUGAGGAUGGAUCAGUUUUACUUGCGGAUUUCGGUGUAUCUUCCUCUCUCGAGUAUGGAGAUCGAAAAAAUUAUCGCAGGACUUUUGUCGGGACGCCAUGUUGGAUGGCGCCCGAAGUCAUGGAACAAGCAGCUUAUGACUACAAAGCUGACAUAUGGUCAUUUGGCAUAACAGCCAUUGAGUUAGCGACAGGCCAUGCACCAUUCGCAAAAUAUCCACCAUUGAAGGUGCUUAUGCUUACUAUUCAAAACGAUCCUCCAACUCUUAAUAGAGACAAAACUAAACAUAAGUACUCAAAAUCUCUGAAAGAAAUGAUCGAUACGUGUUUACAAAAAGAUCCAUCUAAAAGACCAAACACAGAAAAACUUUUGACUCAUCCAUUUUUCAAACAAGCAAAGAGAAAAGAAUUUCUGGUGACCAAAUUGCUACAGAAUUUGCCGCCAUUAGAACAACGGCCACACAAAAGAGUACAGCAAAAACCCAUAACUUAUACGCGGGGUGUUUCAUGGGACUUUGCAGAUGUCGAAAAAAAAGAUGAACAUAUAAAUAAAACGAUGGAUGUUGAACAAAAAGAUGAUGCGUCAAUAUCUUCAGAAGAUAAUUCACUUACUGCAACUAAAAAAGUAUCGUUUACCGCGUCAGAAGUCACCGAAAAGAAUUCAAAUAAAAUUUCCGAUGGAGUUUCUUCUACCUCGACAAAACCUUCAAGAUUCGUAAAAGAAGAAAAAUCGAGUUCUGAAAUAACUCUAACAUCAUCAGCACAAAAUCAUCAAUCGUCUCAGUUGAUUUCGAUUCUACAAAAUCAAUCUAUAUCAUCGUUUCAACAGCUAAAAGAGGAAGGGGUUAUUGCGAAUAAUAACGCCUCGAGCGCUACUUCAGAGAAUCAGCAGCAAAAUAAACUUCAAACACAAGGAGAAGUAAAAAAAGGAAGAUUCAGUGUAAUAGAAAACACGAAACGGGAAAAAUCCGCGUCUGGAGGAUCACUACAUGAUGAUAACGCUCAGUAUCCCACCUUAAAUAAUCAGAAAUCAAAUGAGAAUUUCACAGACAGCAGGCGAGGCCGAUUCGACGUUCAACAUCCAAAUCCAGCUAAUGAUAUACAAUCGGUCAAUAUUUCAGUACCUAAUGUUUCAAGAGAAAAUUCGUUGCAUUCUCCGUCUAGUCUUUCUCGGGAAUCAACCAUUUCUCGAGGUGAUGGAUUAACUUUCAACGAUGUGCAUGUUAAGCCAUCGAAUCGAGAAAAUGGAAUCAACCACGAAACAACGGAGAAAGCACAUACUAAGAAGGGAAGAUUUGUAGUAGUCGGUGAUCCAGCUACAAAAUUAGAUGACCCUAUGCCAUCACCUGGAAAAAUUUUAAAUUCAGACAUCACAUAUUCGCCACAAUCUACUUAUUUAGGAAAUUCUACGAGUACAUCCCCUUCGUCUUCUCUGACACGUGGUCAAAAUUUAAAUUUAGACCCAAGUUCAUUGCUUUCUCACAUAGAAGUCUUGAUGCAAAAACUUUUGCAUAUGAAUGAAAAUACCGUUGAAAACAAAGUUAUCGCUACAGAAACUGCAAUAUCUUUAGGGACUCUUGACAGCAAAUUCAAAUUACUUAAUCGUGAAAACGAGGAACUUCGUAAAGAAAACGAAAUGUUGAAAAGUAAACUUGAUCAAUUAUCAAGGUCAUCGAAUAGCAAUAGCGCAUCUUUAGUCAAUAACUCGUCUAUACCAAACUACGUCAUCACCGCUCAACAUCAACAAUUAUUUGAACCUCCUAAUUCUAAGAGCAUAUGA